ACUUGCAACCCAUCGUCUUCUCUGCAAUAAAAAAGCUUGUUUCAAAUCAAUCGUUGAACAACGGAAAUUUAAGAUAAAAAGAGACGAUGGAGAGAAGAGAGGUGUACGUGGUGCUGAUUUUAUUAAUGAGCUUAAUUGGUCGCAUAUCGUCACUUUCCGUGACGGUAAACGACGUCGAAUGUGUAUACGAAUACGUACUUUACGAAGGCGACACCGUUUCAGGAAACUUCGUCGUUGUUGAUCACGAUAUUUUCUGGAGCUCCGAUCACCCCGGCAUCGAUCUCACCGUGACAUCUCCUGCGGAUAAUGUAGUGCACACGGUGAAGGGAACAUCUGGGGACAAGUUUGAGUUUAAGGCGCCGAGAAGUGGGAUGUAUAAAUUCUGUUUCCAUAAUCCGUAUUCAACGCCGGAGACUGUUUCUUUCUAUAUUCAUGUGGGUCAUAUUCCCAACGAACAUGAUCUUGCUAAAGAUGAGCAUUUGAAUCCCAUUAAUGUUAAAAUUGCUGAGCUGAGGGAGGCAUUAGAGUCUGUUACGGCUGAGCAAAAGUAUUUAAAAGCACGUGAUGCACGCCAUCGCCGUACUAAUGAGAGUACGAGAAAGCGUGUUAUAGGCUACACGAUGGGGGAGUAUAUUCUGCUGGCUGUUGUGAGCACACUGCAGGUCGUAUACAUUCGCCGCCUUUUCAGCAAAUCAGUUGGGUACAACCGGGUCUGAGCCACCUGAUUGUUUGUUAUUUAUGAUAGGGUUAAUUUACUAGAUGAGUUCAGAGAAAAAAAGCUCUUUUGUGCCUGUAGACAUGAUCUGCUGGUUUAUACUGUUCAAUUUGUUCAUUUAAACUGUAAUGCUAGUUUUGAACAUUAAGUUAUAAUGACAAGUUUCAUUUGAUAA